UUUUUUUUGCAAAUAAAAUGUUUGCCCCAAGCACUUUUUAAUUGUUUAAAAGCCCAAGCCACAACGUGUGUGGGACGUGCAAUAAAUACUAUAUUUAAUGGUACAGUACCUGCCAAGUGAACGACUGCAACCCAAGCAAUAAUAACCCACACGAAAUAACAGUUACGCGCCGCAGAAUCCGCUUCCAGACAGAUUUUCCACACCCCACCAUACCCACCGCUGGCGAACCGAACCCUUUCGAUUCGAUCUGUCGUCGUGUGCAGUUUGUGUAGGAAUUACAACAUGAACUAAGUUAAAUUAAAGAUGUAAUAAGUGUAAUAUGUAAUCUGGCUGCGGCACAGAAACCGACCGACGCACAGAGACACGCAAAGCAAUAACCACCACAAGUGUGCUGCCACAUAUUCUUCCCUCCCCGCCACACAUAGGCAGUGGCCGUGGCCACACCUGCACCUGCACCAGCACCAGCACCCUAGGAUCCUCAACCCACCCACCCCCCACCAUCCAACGAACCCUCCCUUUCUAGCGUCUAGCCCCCACGUUUUGGCCUGGCGACGGAAGAAAUCAGGACAUGCAAAGAGCAUUCCAAUCCGCAGUGUGGCCUACGUUAUCUCUUUAAGAUGUCACUGGCCGUGUCGCUGCGCCGUGCUCUGCUGGUGCUCCUCUCGGGCGCCAUCUUCAUCCUCACCGUGCUGUACUGGAACCAGGGAGUCAGCAAGACACAGACCUACGAGGCGUUGGAACGCCCCCGCAGCCACAAGGACGUCACUGCCUUUCCCAUACCCGUGGAGAAGUUUUGGACAUACAAAUGCGAGAAUGACAGAUGCAUGCGGGUGAGCUAUCAUCCCGGGAAGCCCGGCAAGCGUGUCUCCUUCAUCACCUGCUCCAUGAGUUGCGGAUACGUCAACAUCUGGCCGGCACCGACCAUUAAAUCGCUGGUCAGCGCGCACACAACCAGCUUCUCCAUGGAGAUUGUCCAACUGGAAAUGGACACGCCGCAUCGAGAGGUGCGCAAGCAGCUGCAGCUGGCCUUUGACUGGUUCCUCAAGGAUCUGCGCCAGAUGCAAAGACUGGACUACGCUGCCAGUUCGUCUGAGACGGACGAAAGUGAAUCCUCAUCGUGGUCAGCGAAGAACGAUGUGGUGGGUGCUGCCACAUCUGGUGAGAAACGACCAGGUGUUCUGGAGAGCCUGCUGGUGAAGAUCAGCGUGCAAAAGUCCGGAGAUGUGAGCUUCGACCUGGACAACGACGAAACCUAUCAGCUGUCCACAAUCACGGAGGGCCAUCGCCUGCUGGUGGAGAUCACGGCAAACUCGUUCUUUGGGGCCCGCCACGGCCUGUCCACGCUGCAGCAGCUCAUCUGGUUCGAUGACGAGGAUCACCUGCUGCACACGUACGUCAACAGCAAGGUGAAGGACGCACCGAAGUUCCGCUAUCGCGGCCUGAUGCUCGACACCUCGCGCCACUUCUUCUCGGUGGAGGCAAUCAAGCGAACGAUCGUGGGAAUGGGUCUGUCCAAGCUGAACCGCUUCCACUGGCAUCUGACGGAUGCGCAGAGCUUUCCCUAUAUCUCGCGCAACUAUCCGGAGCUGGCCGAGCACGGGGCGUACUCGGAGAGCGAGACGUACACGGAGCAGGAUGUGCGCGAUGUGGCAGACUUUGCCCGGAUCCAUGGGGUGCAGGUGAUACCGGAGAUCGAUGCCCCCGCCCAUGCUGGCAAUGGCUGGGACUGGGGGCCCAAGCGGGGCAUGGGCGAGCUGGCCGUGUGCAUCAAUCAGCAGCCCUGGAGCUUCUACUGCGGAGAGCCACCGUGCGGGCAGCUGAAUCCGAAGAACAACCACACCUACCUCAUACUGCAGCGCCUCUACGAGGAGCUGCUGCAGGCGACGGGGCCCACGGACCUCUUUCAUCUGGGUGGCGAUGAGGUGAAUCUCGACUGCUGGGCCCAGUACUUCAACGACACGGAUCUGCGAGGCUUGUGGUGCGAUUUCAUGCUGCAGGCAAUGGCCAGGCUGAAGCUGGCCAACAAUGGAGUCGCCCCCAAGUAUUUGGCCGUCUGGUCGAGCGCCCUGACCAACACCAAGUGUCUUCCAAACAGUCAAUUCACGGUGCAGGUGUGGGGCGGCAGCACCUGGCAGGAGAACUACGACCUGCUAGACAAUGGCUACAACGUGAUCUUCUCGCACGUGGAUGCCUGGUACUUGGACUGCGGCUUCGGCAGCUGGAGGAGCACGGGCGAGGCCGCCUGCUCCCCCUAUCGCACCUGGCAGAACGUCUACAAGCACCGGCCCUGGGAGCGCAUGCGACUCGACAAGAAGCGGCGCAAGCAGGUAUUGGGCGGCGAGGCCUGCCUGUGGACGGAGCAGGUGGACGAGAAUCAGCUGGACAAUCGGCUGUGGCCCCGUGCCGCUGCCCUGGGCGAGCGCCUCUGGUCGGAUCCCAGCGACGAUCAUGAUCUGGAUAUUAUGGCCCCGGAGGUGUUUCGCCGCAUCUCGCUGUUCCGCACGCGCCUCGUCGAGCUGGGCAUCAAGGCGGAGGCCCUGUUCCCCAAAUAUUGUGCCCAGAAUCCGGGCGAAUGCAUUUGAUACUACCUUUAAGAAGAGUAAAACCCAAUCCAAACUCCCGAUCCCCCCCGAUCACUCGAUACUCCCGACAUGUGCGUUAGUUAGUUUAUAGUGUAAUUGUUAUUUUAUAUAUGAAAGGCAGAGGGAAGGCUACGAAACACCAAAGCUUCGCAGAAGUCUUGCGGUGCAGUUUGCGGAGUAGCAGGAAGCAGGAAGCGACUGUAUGAGAAAUGGUUUCUGGCAUCAACCAUGACAACUCGAAUUUCUUUUCGAUAGAAAACACACACCCCUAUACACUCAACACCCACACCCACACACACACACACACAUACUUAGUACAAUUCAAAUCGAAUUAUAGCGCACACAUUUAUAUAGACAGACAUAGAAUCGGAUACAGGCAGACACGGCCGAUAUAGGGAAUUAAGUUGAAGAUAACGAUUACCAUUAAGCGUUCAUAGUUUUUAAUUGUAGAUUUCAUACGCAUUAAUACACACACACACACACACACACAAACGCAAACACCCACAUACAGACAGACAUAGGCCUAAAUUGAACAGAUAUAUAGCCUUAUAUGUAGAGGAGUAUUAGAACCACAUGAAUGAAAAAUGAAAAAAAAACUAUUUUGAUAUUUUGAACAAGCUUUAUUCGCAGAACAUUAAUUAUAAUGUUUUAGUUGACAGCAAAAUGAUAUUUUCCCCCCUCCCCCACCACUUGUUUCUUUGUUUAUUUUCCAUUUAAUUUAGUUUGCUCCUUUUGUUUUACUCUUAAGUUUUAAUUAGAUUUAAAUUAGAUUUUCAGUGAUAUAAACAAUGUGACCUUAAGAAAAAAAAACUAAAAGAUACAUAACAAGCAAAAAGAAAAAUCAAACUAAAAACAAAAUGCUAAAACGCAAGAAACAUAGAAUUUAAAAAAAAAAAAGCAAAACAAAACUUAAACAUUAACAAUUAAUUGUUACGACAAACCUUUUUGCACGCAUUGGCACAUAAUUGAUAAACCUAGAGAAUUAGUAGCUAAUUUUAUAACGUAUACUAAAAUGGGUAAUUUGGAGGCACCUUCACAGUGUUUGUGUUUUGUGUUUUGUUUUGUUUUGUUUUCUUUACGCUAUUACUACAUUCGGAAUGAUUGAUGCACGUUAAAUUCCCCAUGUUAGCAACAUGUUUUCGUACUUAAGAUAGACUUUUGGCAUCGGCGCAUCAUGGCACUCGAAUGUGAAUCAUGAAACUACUUUAGUUUAACCUUACCUUUUGCUGUAACUUCAAGUCACGUUCGAAAAUAAACUAAAAGUCCAAGUAAA